GGCUCAUCUGCAAAUGGACAGGCAUUGGUUGAAUAUGUGUGAUUUCCCCUAAACAAUAUGGCUGCUCCCAGUAUGUUAUGUCGGGCACAUGUCGAGCAUGGCCUUCAGAGUUCUUCGAACGUAUUCUAGUAAAUGUGCUCUUCCACGGGAAGGGAUUCAAUACAACAACAGAUGCAAUGUUCUACAAAAGCACUUGCUCGUCCCACUUUUCGGUGAAAACGAGGCCCCAAUUUGUCCAAGCAUCAAGGAGAUGGAGGUUGCAGAAGCUAUGUUCGAGGACAAACAGUUGAAUAAGAUAGCAUUUUUGACGUCUGCUGUGACACAGAACCAGUACCCUGUUCACGAAUUACCCGAAGUUGCCUUCAUGGGUCGCAGCAAUGUUGGGAAAUCUUCACUUAUAAAGGCUCUCUUCUCACGUGCCCCCAAAUUAGAAGUUAAAACAUCGAAGAAACCAGGACAUACUAAAACAAUCAACUUCUUUGGAGUUGGGAAGAGGUUCUGCAUUGUGGACAUGCCUGGCUAUGGAUUCAGGCAGCCAAAGGAUUUCGCUGAAUUUGCAUCCAAAUUCCUGACAAGCCGAACAAACCUCAAGAGAACGUUCCUGCUGCUGGAUGGGAAUGUAGGAUUUGCAAAUGCUGACCAAGAUGCAAUUGAAAUGUUUGAAACUCUGAAGGUACCAUAUGGAAGAAAUUCGUUAAAUGGAACCUGCCAAGUGAAACAAAGAUGGCCGCCGCCACUACCUGCACCACGCUACCGCAAAACGCCAUUUGUCAUAAAACAGCUUGUCAUCACAAAGAUUGAUAAAGCCAGGGAUGGUCAGCUGUUGAAGAACUUGGCAUUUAUACAAAACCUAAGAGACAAAUACAUGUCACCUCUAUGUUUUCCUCAGCCAUUUUUGGUCAGCUCUCUAACACUGGAAGGAAUUGCUUACCUACAGUACUUCAUUGCAUAUAUUUCUGGAGAAUGUAAGUAACAUCAAUAAAAGCUUAUUGCAACAUGUGAAAUC